UCACCAGGAAUGCCCUGUAGGAGGCUCUCCUCCCCUGGGCACAUUAGAUAUUUCUGCCCGACGAGGCAGGCGAUAAGCUGCUUUUGCUCUCUUGAUCUUGGGGCAUGCUUAGUGAGGUGGGAAGGUCAUAGCACUGUCUUCCUACCGGUAGCUAGCCAGGGCACUAUUGAUUUUGUGAUAUUACUUCACACUGAUUGCUGAUGCUGAGUUACAGUACGGUACAGGAUUAUGGAUGUUUAUUUGUGCUACUGAUAACAUCCCAUCAGUACUGAAGCAAACUUUUUAAAAAAAGAGUGGUGGGAGUGUGAAGAGUGAAGAGUUGUUUUGCAGCUUGCACCCACUUACCUACAUGCCUACAUUUGCCUUUCAAAUUUCAAAGCUGUGAAGUGCGUUCCUUGGAACCAGCGAUCGUGAAAUCUGCAACAAUUCAUCGAGUCAGUUCCAAGCUAAACAGUCUACAGCAACGUUCUGCUCGCGGUAUUGUCAUUUCAUAAAUGAGGUACCGGUAUUCAAGAAACAAAGUUAGGUUUGAAGGUUCAAGGGAUUUGGGUCUACUGGUACACUAGUACAGUAGGGCAAAUGCCGGUACCGGUACACCGGUACUGGUACCGGUACACCGGUACUGGUAGGUACCGGUGCCUACCGGUACGGUACCGUACGUGUUGGAUGGGGAAAGUGGUGCAAAAGUUGAAUUUGGUAAUGAAAACUGUUAAAUUUCCAGCUGGAUUGAAAGGCCGAAAAUCACGAUUUUAUGAAUCCAACCAAAUUGAUCAAUUCGAAACCUUUAGAAAUCUAACAGCUACAGUAACUCAAGCACUUUUUCCCAUUUCAACAGUUGCAAGCGUUGAAUUCGCCUUGUCCCUCCACAAAAUUCUGUUUUUGCCACAAUUUUAUUUGCUGUGAAAAGCGGCCUCACCUGUAGGGCUUCACCGUUGACAUUGACAACUUGCAGCACCAGUGGUUGCUUCCGCUGUAAAUGAAUAUUAACUCUGAUCUCCAGUGAAAACAUUUUGUAUUAGCCGAAAUACUAGCUACUAGGCGCUAUGAUAGUUAGAACCGGCGGAAUGCGGAAGGCUGUAGCUUUAGCAAUCGCUACCUGUAGCAACAUCAAUCUGGAAUGCCGGCCCAUUUCUUUCGACCACUUGCUUUGUCUCGAUCGAAGACACAUGUCAUAAAGCGCUAGAAGCAUUCGCUACAUUACUCCAAGAACAUGAUGAAGAUCAAAAUUCCACUCUCGAGUGCAACCGGCACAUCGCAGAAGACACGGGCUUCUAUUAAAAAGUUAUUUCCCAUGGGAAGUGUGAUGAGCAGAGGCAGCAGCAAUCCCAUCACUCUUCACUCGGUUGACGAUGAUCUCUUUCCUCGAAUGUGGUCCUUUCUAGCCGAGGUCAUGAUAGCCGAAGGAGAGUUAGCUCGAUCAACCAAAGAAGCCAUCGCUGAACUGGUAUCCAAGAAAAAUGCGUGUCCGCUAUGCGACGCAGUCCAUCAACUGAUGGGCUCCGCGGCACGCAAUGCUGAAAGCAAACGGGGUUGUCGACGAGAAAUCGAUGAUGAGCGCCACGCAAAGGCAUUGGGUUUGGCAGAUAAGCUUGUAGAUACAACGCUGAACGACCGCCAGGAUGAACUUGACUUGUCUUUGCAGCAGUCGGCACGUCAGGACGAUGUGCUCACCGACAUUGGCAGGGCUGAAGUUGCUCUUGUCGUCCUUCUUUACUUUCACUUGAAUCGAGUUAUCAGUGCAAUCUUGGGGGAGCAGAUGUCACCUGUCUUGUUCCAGGCAAAGCGUCCUGGCCGCGGGCCUUCGAUCAAGCAUGAUUCGCUUAAAGUCAAAGAUUUGCUGAAACAAGUCGUCAACCCGCUUUUAAAAGCAGGGAUGAGUGCCACCCACAAGCCUGGCAUUGCAAGACCAUUGUUCUCAUCCGAAGAUCCGAAUCGAUUAGCAGAACUACCUGACCACCUGCAGAGGGCUGCAUUAGCCGGUAGGGAUAGAGCCAAUGCCCUCUAUCGACUCGUCAUGUGGACUCGGAACUACAAGGAGACAAUGGAAAACGAAGGGAUUCUUUCAAUGGACGUUUUGCAAGUACUAGAAAGUCCCAUGAAUGCACCACCUUCCCACCUGACACCAGACAAACUUGCGCAGUGGGCGAGCUCUGGAGUCCGACGGGCUGUCCAGCACUUGUCGGAUGAAACUAGCCAAGCCACGGCUACGAUCCUGCUACUUGUACAAUUUUCACCCCACAGUGUGUUCCAUCACUACCAAUGGAAACACCUUGCAAAAACUCUUGGGGGAGAUCAGGCGAAGGCAAUGUUGAUAUGGUGGUCUCUGACGUGCUCCUUGCAGCAAGCUCAAGGCCUCCGGAACGCAGUCCAAAAGGCAGGUUGGUGAAGACAUUGCGAGGAACAUGGGUUUUCAGGAAGAAAUCGAGUGGAAUUGAGCAUCGUCUGGGUGAAUAGAUCGAGGCCAAAAGCCAAGCUUGCAAGGCGGGACUCUAUGGGCCAGCUACAGCAGGACCAAUUUAUCAAUACACAGAGACAGCUAGCUAGCUACUUAGUUAAAAAGAGCAAUUUCAUUUUAUAGGACAAGAAGAAGCAAACAACUUACCGUAGUAGAUUCCAAUCUUCGAGUAGACUUGAUGCGUGAGCUACCCUGGUACCAAAAAGAUUGCAGCAGAUGGCGAAGAGCUCAACGCAGAAGAAUGAAUCGAAUCCAGUCGGGUACCGUUACCUGUCUGCACGGUGCGUGCUCCCUGACACGCUGUCUAAACCCUAGUGUGAGGCACAGGCAGAGCGGUUACCUUCUGUAGACAGGACCUCUGUGGAAACGUCAUACGUGGCAAAAUACUUAAGAGACGAUACAGCGAGGAAUAGGAG